UGCACCCGCGAAGUAGCUGGUAACCCGAAGUGGACUUGGCCCUCCUCUUUAUCCCGCCCACGUCGGGAUAGGGGUGGGUACUUGGUAGUCCCCGGAGUUGUUCAAUACCAGUCCUGGGAGGAAUGGCACGCUGCCCUUGAGGGGUCAUUACUGGAAUUGGGGCGCCCGAUUGCUCAGAAACCUCCAGGAUCGAGGCAGCACCCGGGAAUUGUUAGGGGGCCACACCUAACCUGAAAGCAGCCUGUACUCCGGUAGCCAAACCAUGCUUUGGGGUAUCCUGAAGCAGUUGAGAUUUCAGCUGCGAACAGUAGAGCCCGCUUUGACCCCGGGCAAUUGGCUGCGGUCAGUGUGCAGCAGAAGCAGCAGCAGCGGGCUCCCCUUCCAGGAAGGAGAAGGAAAAGCAUCUUCCUAUUCAGAAGCAAGAUGGAAAGACACAGCAGAGACAGUAAUCAUUGGAGGAGGCUGUGUUGGUGUGAGCCUUGCUUAUCAUCUGGCCAAAGCUGGGAUGAAGGAUGUGGUACUUUUGGAAGCAUCUGAACUCACUGCUGGAUCUACAUGGCAUGCAGCAGGUUUAACAACUUAUUUUCAUCCUGGAAUAAACUUGAAGAAAAUACAUUAUUACAGUAUCAAGCUUUAUGAAAAACUGGAAGAAGAAACUGGGCAGGUAAAUGAAUUAAAUGAAAGAUUUACAUCAGAAAUUGCAACAACUCCCACAAGAGUGGAUGAAUUUAAGUAUCAAAUGACUCGUACCCACUGGCAAGCCACAGAACAGAAUAUUAUUGAGCCUGAAAAAGUACAAGAAAUGUUUCCUUUACUGAAUAUGGAAAAGGUUUUAGCAGGGCUUUAUAAUCCUGGAGAUGGUCACAUCGAUCCUUAUUCUCUCACUAUGGCUCUGGCUGCUGGGGCCCGGAAAUAUGGUGCUCUUCUAAAAUUUCCAGCUCGAGUGACUAACCUAAAACCCAGAUCAGAUGGGACAUGGGAAGUUGAAACCCAACAGGGAUCAGUCCGGGCUAAUAGAAUUGUGAAUGCUACUGGAUUCUGGGCUCGUGAAGUGGGCAAAAUGAUUGGACUAGAACAUCCUAUUAUUCCGGUUCAUCAUCAAUAUAUUGUCACAGCGACGAUACCUGAAGUGAAAGCUUUAAAAAAAGAACUCCCAGUUAUUCGAGACUUAGAAGGAUCAUAUUACCUGCGACAGGAAAGAGAUGGAAUUUUAUUUGGUCCAUAUGAAAAUCAGGAGAAAAUGAAGGUCCAAGAUUCCUGGGUGACCAACGGCGUCCCACCAGGUUUUGGAAAGGAACUUUUCGAGUCUGAUCUAGACAGAAUCAUGGAAUAUGUGGAAAAUGCCAUGGAUAUGGUUCCAGUCUUGAGAAAGGCUGAUAUCAUCAAUAUCGUUUCUGGCCCUAUCACCUAUACUCCGGACAUUCUGCCCAUGGUGGGACCACAUCAAGGUGUUAGAAAUUACUGGGUGGCCAUUGGUUUUGGAUAUGGCAUCAUCCAUGCUGGUGGCAUAGGGAAAUAUCUCAGCGAUUGGAUCCUUGAGGGAGAACCUCCUUUUGACCUCAUUGAAGUGGAUCCCAAUCGUUACGGAAAAUGGACAACAACUCAGUAUACAGAGGCCAAAGCAAGAGAGUCUUACGGAUUCAACAAUAUUGUGGGCUACCCUAAAGAAGAAAGAUUUGCUGGGAGACCUACUAAAAGAAUCAGCGGGCUUUAUAAUAUUCUUAAUUCUAAAUGUUCCAUGGGCUUCCAUGCAGGAUGGGAGCAGCCACAUUGGUUUUACAAGUCUGGACAUGAACCUGGAUAUAAGCCAAGCUUCCGACGGACAAACUGGUUCCAGCCUGUGGGCUUAGAGUAUCAACAAGUUAUGCAAAAAGUUGGGGUGAUUGACCUAUCACCGUUUGGCAAGUUUAAGGUCAGAGGCAAAGAUUCUCUUAAACUGUUGGAUCGUCUCAUUGCAAAUGUCAUUCCAAAGGUGGGUUUUACAAAUAUAAGUCACAUGUUAACCCCAAGGGGUCGAGUUUAUGCUGAGUUGACUGUCAGUCAGCAAUCUCCAGGAGAGUUUUUAUUGGUAACUGGUUCUGGGUCUGAGCUUCAUGACCUGAGAUGGAUUGAAGAAGAGAUUGUGAAAGGUGGAUAUAAUGUGGAGGUUGAAAAUAUUACAGAUGAGCUUGGAGUCCUUGGAGUUGCAGGACCAUCAGCAAGAAGAGUCCUUCAAAAACUGACCUCUGCUGAUCUUAGCAAUGAUGCCUUCAAAUUCCUCCAAUCUAAGCCUUUAACCAUUUCUAACAUUCCUGUUACUGCUAUUAAGAUAUCCUAUACAGGUGAACUGGGCUGGGAGCUCUACCACAGACAAGAAGAUUCUGCCACUCUCUAUGGAGCAAUCAUGGAAGCAGGCCAGGAGGAAGGAAUCGACAAUUUCGGAACUUAUGCCAUGAAUGCUUUAAGAAUGGAAAAAGCUUUCAGGGCCUGGGGGUCAGAGAUGAAUUGCGAUACAAAUCCUCUGGAAGCUGGGCUAGACCAUUUUAUAAAGUUAAAUAAACCAGCAGACUUCAUAGGAAAGCAAGCACUGAGACUGAUGAAAGAGAAGGGGCUCAAACGGAGAUUGGUCUACCUCACCUUGGAGACAGAUCAUGUGGAUCCAGAGGGAAAUGAAAGCAUCUGGCAUGAUGGCAAGGUUGUUGGCAACACUACUUCUGGAAGCUAUAGUUAUAGCAUCCAGAAGAGUCUGGCUUUUGCUUAUGUCCCGGUGGAGCUUAGUGAAGUGGGACAGAGACUGGAAGUCGAACUACUGGGCAAAAAUUACCCAGCAACCAUCAUUCAAGAACCACUGGUUUUAACUGAGCCAACUAGAACUCGGCUUCAGAAAAAGGCUGGGAAGAGCUAAAUCUGAAAGAAAAGGAGGGGGAAAUGACCUUAAUAGUUUUACAACUGCUUUACAAAUUGUGUGUCUAUGUGACUGUUCUCAGUAUUAUGAAUCAUUGUAUUUUCCUGAGGAAUUUUCCCCCCUCAAAUUCCACUAAUGAAUCAACUUCUAAAUCAACCAAAUCCAGAUUUAAGUCCAUUCUAAAACCCUUUCCCCUAUUCCCUGACUGGUUUCUAAAUUUUUUAAGGCAGAAUUUCAAAUGGAUGAUUUAUGUUGUUCUUUCAAACCAAAAAUUUACUGACAAUUUAUUUCUUAAGUAUUGUAUCAUGUAGUAUUGGAUCAGCAAAAAGAUCCCAAGAAGCUGCUUUUUCCCUCCAACAUGUAAUCAUCAUAACUGUUAGAAGACAAGUGGUUUUCUAAACAUGUAUUUUUUUUAUGUUCACAAAUCAAUGAGAGAGUAGUUCUGUUCAUGUCUCAUAUAAAAACAAGCAAGAGCAUUUAUUGCCUUGUGAGAUGCUCUUUACUAGACAAUGUCAGAUUAUCCAACUAAGCAAUUGUAGAAAAUGAUCACAAUAGAAAUAAUCUUAAAGCUUAACUAGUUUAGUACUUGACUAGUUUAAUGACAAGUCUUUUCAAAUUUAAGGAAUAUUAAAUGUUUUCACAACAUCUGCCUGGAAAACAACUUAGACAUUGUUACAGAACAAUCUUUAUUGUCCUUUUGGAAGGUCGUUUUAGGAGAAAAAUUGCUAAGAAGAAAGAACAUAGUCUUCCUUAGGAAUUGUUCCUUCCAAACCUUCAGCAAAGAAACUGAAGCAUAAAUAGAUUGUGCCAGUGGAAACACGGUUUGAAUAAUGAAUACCUAUCGUUGAAGAAAGAAUUAAUGGAAGUUGACAUCACACUGAGCUGUUCUGAAUAUCAUUUUACAAAGCAGGUCAAAAUAAAGUAUAAAAGCUGACAGGGCUGCACUUAGCGUUACGCACAGUGAGAAAUCCAUUUGGAAAUUAUUCUUUGUUCGACUUUCAGAAAUGAUUUGGGUCUACUUGGCUGAACCAAUCCAAAAUGUUCCUUUUCUUAAAGGUGACACUAUUUAUAACCAACCAGUAUGUGGAAUGUAUGUUUUUUGCUCAAAUACAUUUGCUAGUUAUUAAAGAAAACGGGAUAUGAAACAUGAAAAAAACCCUACAGUUAGAAUGAAUAAACUAUAACAACACUU